CACCAACGAAACAUACUCUACGAGAGCUCUGGGACGACUGAAACCGAUACCCUAAAUAGCCAAGAGAUAAGCCUACGUGUUUAUGCAUAUAAAUACAAUCAGUUAGAGUCAUUCGCGUAGCGCGGCGCGGAAAGAACUUAUGGGACACUUUUGGUUUUCGGACAGUUACGAGAAGCAACGUCGGGAAUUGAAGUCACGGCGACGAAUAAUAGACCGCGGAUUUUGCGCAUUUACGACACAAAUACAGAGCAGAUCAGAUCCGGAACAGUGGAAAUAUUUGAAGCACUUAAAGAUACUGUUCUAUCGCGUACAACUCCUUCAUCUAGCGGUCGACGCAGACAAUUUUUUAUUUCGCACGACGAUCCAUAGUUCGGCGAUGCAGUAAUAUCUCCCUGAUUGACGCUCAGAUCGUCCACAAAAAUGGACAAUUUGGAAAGAGGAGAUACGAUUAUUCGAGCCCUGCAGCUACCGUUCUUACAGUUAUUCGACAAUACGAGACUAUAAAAACGAACCGCAAGGCUCGGAUAAUCGUAUCUCCUACUCCCAAAUUGCCCAUUCUUGUGUAGAACCGAUCACGUCGAUUCUCUAGACAUUACCGUAGAUCUAUCGGAAAGCGUGGCACGCGUUUCGAAUUAGGACAGUCGAUAUGAUAUAUUUACGACGACUGACAACGAAAGGAGAAACACCGCCAGCGAUACGGAAGCUCGUCGAAAAUGCCCCGAGGCUCCGCGCGUAAUUACAUUUGCCGUCGGCCGCGGGCUAUAAUUCUAUUUACGCCGGCUUCUUUAUCGCAAUGCUUAUCCGUCAUCAAACUGCACCUUGAGCAUUCGUGCCCGCGCACCAUUCGCUGCUGUUAAACCGCGCGCUUGUGUAUGCACCGCAACCGGCACGCAUACACACGCGCCCCGCGUGUAUUCCCCCCGUCGCAACCCCCCGUGUCGAAUCGCGUACACCGUCCGGAAACAUUAUUGCGAGAGCCCGCGUUUGCGCGAUGCCGCAACGGGACUCCGUUCGAACGGAAAGCUCCUCGCGGUCGAAAUCGGGGGAACUACGCUCAAGAGAACGUGAUCCUUGACACUUAUUCGAGCAACCAGUACCCUAGGCUAGCGAAGCUGGUUACCGCGGAGAGAUCAAUUGCUGCGACUCUGUUUUGUUUCAGUUCGUUCGAAAAUAAUAAAAUCGCUCUCGAAGAAGUCGCUUCUACGUUUCGGUUGCUCGAGGGAAGAACUCGUUCCCAUGGAUUAUGGUUCAUCAUGACGCGGAUCCUCGCGCUAUGCAUCAUCGAAGCUGUUCUCCCUGCGCUGGCCAUUCGAAGCGACGUGCUUGCGCCCGAGAGCAAAUCUUGGAUCUCUGACGAGGACUUUCAGAUUAUGGUCGAACUGUCGUUCCCCUUCUCUGGGUGCUGCAACGUUUUCUUUAAUGCGCGAGGAGUUUCGAAGCUUCGCCGACGCUUAUUGAUUCAAGAAUUUUCUUCAGCCCCGCUCGGAGACGCGGUCGCACUGUUCAGUCAAUUCAGGAGUGUCUAUCCGUACGAGUACCUCUUGAGGCGAAGCACCUACGAAUGCGACGGAUACUUCUUGCUGGGAUCGAGCGACGACGAAAUCCUGAGACUGAUCGAGAAAAUACCGUCGCUGACAUGGAAAACGGAGAUCCUUGUCGUAGUGAACAACCAGACUUCCGACGAUUCCGCCAUCCUCGAGGACUCCGUAUACGAAACGGCGAACGUGAACGUCGUCUCUGUUUCGGGGAUUUGGAAGCUGGCUGAGAACUAUUUGAAGCCGCGACUGUUCGCCAAAAUUGACAGGUACGAAGAAAUGGGGCACAACUACGAGCACUUCAAUUUUCACGGCAGACAGUUGCGGAUCGCCACCAUCCAUCGACCACCGAUGACGAUUUGGAAACAUCCUCUGAAGAGGAUCAUCGACAGCCGAGAAAAGGACGUUUACCUAACGGACCGCGGAUUCGAUGGCAUCGAAGUGCAGCUGUUUCUGAUCGUCGCGGAGAAAUUGAACUUCACUUGGACCGCGAGGAAGCUGGAAGGGAACCUCAUAUACGGAGAAGUGAUCAACGGCUCGUGGGAAGGUGGCAUAAUAGGGAUGCUCUACAAAAAUCAAGCGGACAUCGCUAUCGGUAGCAUCAUGGUCACCCAGACGCAGAAUCAAUACAUCCCGCUGUCCCAACCAUUGUGCAAUAUGCACGUGCGUCUCAUGGUGCCUCGUCCGCGUCGCGUGACCAGCUUCUGGGCGAUCCUGAAACCGUUCUCGAAAGAGGUCUGGUACCUGCUGAUCCUGGCGAUCGUCCUGCUCAGCUCGUACACGUGCGCUCGCGCCUGGAUCGUCCCGAAAUUCCCGAAACGUUUCCGGAACUACCUAAUUACCGUGACCGAGCUGAUCGGUUGUUUGCUGAGCAGUUCCGUGCCGAAAACUGUUGGGAACAACAAACUCCAGAUACUUCUCUGGCAGACCGCGGGAUGGUUAAUAAUUACCGCUUAUUGCAGCAGCCUAGCAGCCAGACUGGCAACUUCGGAAUACGAGAGCAGAAUCGAUACCAUCGAACAGUUCCUCGCGACGAAUCUGUCAUGGGCGAAUAUGGGUCAGACACCGCCGUUCGAGGACUACAUCGAUCCCUCGGAUCCAUAUUCGAUGCAAUUGCCGAGUAGGUACCGUCACGUUGACAGUUUCAAGGAAUGGACGAAGCUCACUGUACAAACGGAUUUAGUUGUUCCCGGGAAGAUGAUCGGAUCGUGUUUCUUUCCGGAAAACUACGUGCGGAAUAGCGCUUUGCAGAAUUACAGACUCAUGAAAACACCGAUUGGACGUUUCUACGCAGCCUUCGGCCUGCAGCAGUGGCUCCUGACACCUGUGAACAGGAUAAUAUUGUCGCUAAAGGAAACUAGUAUAGUCGACUGGCAUUUGAACGACGUCACUCGGAGAUACGAUAGUCAGAACCUCCGCGAGGUUCUCGUCGAACAUGACGGAUACGAAGGUGAUGUCCAGGUCCUCGGACUGAUGCCACUAGCGGCCGGGUUCUUGCUGUUGUUUCUCGGAUCUUCGGCAGCGGUGUUCGUAUUUUAUAUGGAGCUGAAACAGGCGGCGAAGUCGGCCUCGAUCCGCCAUAUUCUGCGAGCCGUCGGCGACAACCGUAAACGCGAGAAAACGAAUCUUGGAGAACUACGCAGACACUCGAAACUUGACGAUUUCGAAAGACUCCAUUCUCGAUUUCAAUCAAUCGCGCGUCGAUCCGCUCGGUAAAUUGCGGUGAAAAUAGAUCUUCUGUCGAAUCGAACUGCGAAUCUCCCUCGUUUAUGGUACUUUCUUUGUUUAUCCCCUGAAGCUUCGUCUAUCUUCUAACGUCGCGAAGUCGUCGGGGAUUGUGCGUUUAAUUACGCGUUUAUUAAUAUAUAUUAAUUAUGCGUUUCCGGAUCUUUGUGCGAAAUGAACGUCGUUCGCACUGAUCGCAAAAUGCAGGAGUUCAAUAAACAUUUUAACGAGUUGAACAUAAUACGAUAGCGUUCUUAAAUUCUUUAAAUGACUUGAUUGUUUGGAAUUUGAACUAAUGAUUUUUGUCAAGGUUAUAUCAAGAUUAUGAUCGCGCGUCGAUCCGCUCGGUAAAUUGCGGUGAAAAUAGAUCUUCUGUCGAAUCGAACUGCGAAUCUCGCGCGUUUAUGGUAUUUUUUUGUUUAUCUCCUGAAGCUUCGUCUAUCUUCUAACAUAAUAAAAAUUCGUAAAAAUUCGUAAUAAUAA